AUGGAUCGCCUCCAUAGCAUCAACCCCUUCGCCAAGAAGGAAACCCACAAUCCCAAUGCUGUCAUUACUUACAAGAUCCUGACCAUUCUUACCUGGCUGCUGUCGGUUAUCGUCUCUGUUUACUACAGCGUCGAGGAGCCUCACGAUGGCUUCACCAUUCGCCGCAGAAUCUGGGACCAGAAUAAGCUCAUCCACACCGGCUUCACUCUCAACAACACCAUUACUGAGAUUUAUUGGGCCGUUGUCGGCAUCUUACAGAUUGGAUACAUCGCCCACCUCUUCUCAAGCAAUGUUGACUACGUCAAUGCCGCUUGUGCUGUGGGCAGCCACUUCAUCUUCAACAAUCUCCUGCACUUCGCCUUCGUGAUGCUAUUCGUGCGUUCCCAUUUCGCCUGGGCUGAGGUCAUCCUCAUCAUCAACUUUUUCAACCUGUCGUCGCUGUACUUCCGCCACAAUGCGUACCCUCGAUUCAUUCAUGCCCCGGCUGUGACGGGUCCUCUUGCCUGGACUUUCGUCGCUAUCUACUGGAAUGGUGCCAUCAUGGUGCCCCAUCCGCACACUCUCGUAGCUCGAAUCUUCGCCAAUAUCUUCGUUUGGGCCAUCUUGGUCUAUGGCGCAUUCUUCAUCGUUGUCUACAAGGAUUAUACGAUGGGUUUCUUCCUGAGCGUGCUGUCUGCUGCUCUGGGUGUAGGACAAUUCCAGCGACAGCUUGUGGCCUUCCAGUGGAUCUUCGCAUUCACAAUCAUGGCAGUGCUGUUCGUCUUCACCGUCGUGAUUGCUGUUCCUGCUUGGUCCGGACGCGAGGACUUCUGGGGUCGCCGACAGGCUCCUGGUGACACCGAGCGCGCUCCUCUCCUCGCAGACAAUUAA